AUGCAAGUCACGAUGUUGAGGUCGUCAUUCACUUUUCUUCGUGAUCGGAAGAUUGAGUUGAAAGAAGAGAGUUCUAAGGAAGGAAGAAGACGAUGGAAAUUUGAUACACGAUCUAGCACGUUAAGUUCUUUUAUUGUUCGAUUGAGACAUGCCUUAGCAAAUGAAAAGGAACGAGAAGAGAAAUGUCUAAAAAAGUUGAACGAAUCUUCUUCUCAGUUAAAAAUUUAA